AUGGCUACCGACAAGGGUCUCGAGGAUGUCCCUGAGGGACAGAUCGAGUCUAACUACGAUGAGACCGUCGACUCGUUUGAUGAGAUGAAUUUGAAGCCUGAGCUGCUUCGCGGUAUCUAUGCCUACGGUUUCGAGCGCCCGUCUGCUAUCCAGCAGCGGGCUAUCAUGCCUGUCAUCAAGGGCCACGAUGUCAUCGCCCAGGCCCAAUCCGGUACUGGCAAGACAGCCACCUUCUCCAUCUCAGUCCUGCAGAAGAUCGACCCCAACCUGAAACAGUGCCAGGCCCUCAUCCUGGCCCCGACCCGCGAGUUGGCCCAGCAGAUCCAGAAGGUUGUCGUCGCCAUUGGCGACUUCAUGAACGUUGAGUGUCAUGCCUGCAUUGGUGGCACCAGUGUUCGCGAGGACAUGAAGGCCCUCCAGGAGGGUCCUCAGAUCGUCGUUGGUACCCCUGGCCGUGUCCACGACAUGAUUCAGCGUCGCUUCCUCAAGACCGACGCCAUGAAGAUGUUCGUCCUUGACGAGGCCGACGAGAUGCUUUCGCGUGGUUUCACCGAGCAGAUCUACGACAUCUUCCAACUGCUGCCUCAGUCCACCCAGGUCGUCCUGCUCUCGGCCACCAUGCCUCAGGAUGUCCUCGAGGUCACGACCAAGUUCAUGCGCGACCCCGUCCGCAUUCUGGUCAAGAAGGACGAGCUUACCUUGGAGGGUAUUAAGCAGUUUUACAUUGCUGUCGAGAAGGAGGAGUGGAAGCUGGACACUCUCUCCGAUCUGUACGAGACGGUCACCAUUACCCAGGCCGUCAUCUUCUGCAACACCCGUCGCAAGGUUGACUGGCUCACUGAGAAGCUGACCCAGCGCGACUUCACCGUCUCGGCUAUGCACGGUGACAUGGAUCAGGCCCAACGUGACCUGAUCAUGAAGGAGUUCCGUUCCGGCUCGUCGCGUGUGCUCAUCGCUACCGACCUGCUCGCCCGUGGUAUCGAUGUCCAGCAGGUGUCGCUGGUCAUCAACUAUGACCUGCCUACCAACCGUGAGAACUACAUCCACCGUAUUGGUCGCGGUGGUCGUUUCGGCCGUAAGGGUGUUGCCAUCAACUUCGUUACUGCCGAGGAUGUGCGCAUGAUGCGUGAGAUUGAGCAGUUUUACAGCACCCAGAUCGAGGAGAUGCCCAUGAACGUGGCCGAUUUGAUCUAA